CCGCACCAUCGACGAAGAGGGAGACAUUGUUUUUUACAGCCGAGAAGCGGAACUAUCACUUUUUGUUGUAGGAAUUCAUUGAUAAAGCAACAAGAAGAAAACAUUGAUCACCAACAAUGUCGAGCGGAAUAGCUAGAGGCCGCCUGGUCGAAGAGCGGAAGGCUUGGAGGAGGGAUCACCCUUUUGGAUUUUAUGCGCGUCCAACGAGCAAAGGUGAUGGGAGCUCGGACAUUAUGAAAUGGGAGGCGGGCAUCCCAGGAAAGGAAGGAACUGAUUGGGAAAACGGUGUCUUCAAGGUCUCGAUGGAAUUCAGCGAAGACUAUCCGUCGAAACCACCAAAAUGUGAGUCUUUGCUUAAUACUGUUGCCAGAGCGAUUCGCUGAGAGGCCUUGUUUUCAAUAUUUUUCGUAGUGCUUCGUUUUACCCUAAAAUUUUCGUGUCAACCUUUCUCAUCUAUUCCCCUCUGUUUUUUUGUCUACGUCUUACUUGAUCUCGUAGGCAAAUUUGUUCCUCCCUUAUUCCAUCCUAAUGUGUAUCCAUCGGGAACGAUUUGUCUGUCUAUUCUGAACGAAGAAGAGGGUUGGCGUCCUGCCAUUACUCUAAAACAGGUUCUGAUUGGAAUCCAGGAUUUACUUGAUGAUCCGAAUCCCAACAGUCCGGCUCAAUCCGAAGCAUACCAGCUUUUCAUUCAUAACAAAACUGAAUAUAAAAGAAGAGUCCAAGCCGAGGCUAGAAAAAACACCCCUUGAACUAGGUGCAUCGAAAAAAACGUAUUGGUUUUCAGUAACUAGGGACUGAGACCAUCAACGGUUCAUUGUAUUUGUUUGAAUGUGAUAAAGAAUGAGGCGCCAAAGGAUCGCUUUUUUCGGGGAUUUUGAUUGAAGAAUUGUUCGGUAUUAGACCAAUGUUCUUGACGACGAAGACGAUAAAAAUUAAUCUGUGGAAUUUCAAACGACACACCAGAAGUUGGUGGUCGUAUGAAUGAUGCCCUUCCUGAUCAUUGGGCCAUUUAAGAACUGAUUAAAGUCAACUGUCGUUUAUAUCUAGGAAAGGAAUAUACGCUACUGCAGCUGUAGACAAAUCAAUGCUUUUCUUUUUGUGGCUCUCCGACUUCUCAUUGCGUAACGACGAAUUCUUUCCGUCUGGUCACCAUACAUGAUAUCGAAAUAAAGGUAACGAUUUGUUUUUCAGUUCGAUAUUGUUAGAGGCAACCAAGAGGAUGGACAUUUUAUUGGAACGCGCCAUCUUUUUCUAUUUGGGAAAGAGAUGGUUGCUUCUUCCUCAGUGUUCACCUUGUUCCUUUUUCAGAGAAACCCAACUCCGAGGUGUUCCCUUUUCAAAUCUGUUUUAUGUGGCAGAGAGAGCUGUUAUAUUUUCUUUCAAUUUGAUCAAUUUGGUGCUUUUGAGAAAACAGCAAUGCAGCUUUCCUGGAAAAUAAAUAGUUUGUAUCGCAUGGCAUGCUUUUAAAACUGGGCUCUCCGAUGCACAACACUCUACUCUAUGAUUGCUACUGUUAAGAGCUCAUUACUUGUUCCGACAUAGGAAAUUCUGAAUUUAUUGUACCAAAUAUCUAUGUAUUGUUAAUGCAGCCUCCGCAUUGGUUACUGCUCUCUCUACCAUUCAAGACUAGAGGACCUUUUCGCUGAUGUUUUCAUAAAAAAUCGCAAAGCGCAAAAAAUGGCUUUGUCUACUACACCGCCCGGUCCUGUCUUACGCCUAUUUUUGUAGCACAAUCACAUUUUGGCACAUCAAGACGCAAUCAUGCACCAUAAAUUCGCAAUCACACCCGAGAGAAGGUUUAUUCGGAUUCCAAACCCAUAGCCUUCAGCAUCGUGGCACCCAACUGGGCCGGAGAUCUCGAUAUGUGCACACCAGCGGCUUCCAACGCCUCAAACUUAGCCGCGGCUGUUCCUUUUCCUCCUGCUACAAUAGCCCCAGCAUGACCCAUUCGACGUCCCGGUGGAGCAGUGGUUCCAGCAAUGAACCCAACCACUGGCUUAUUCGGGUCACCAUAUUCCUUCAACCACUCGGCGGCCUCUUCCUCGGCACUUCCACCAAUUUCACCAAUCAUGAUGAUCCCUUCUGUCUGGGGAUCGUUUGUGAAGCGUUCCAAGCAGUCGAUAAAGUUGGUUCCAUUGAAUGGAUCUCCACCGAUACCAACACAUGUGGAUUGUCCAAGCCCAGCCACGGUCGUUUGGUGAACCGCUUCGUAUGUUAGUGUUCCACUUCUAGAGACAACUCCGAUCUUUCCAGGCGUGUGAAUAUAUCCAGGCAUGAUUCCAAUCUUGCAUUCGCCUGGUUUGAUGAUUCCAGGGCAGUUCGGACCAAUCAAUCUCGUUGCCGACUGCUGUCGAAGGGCGUAUUUUACUUUUGCCAUAUCUUGCUGAGGGACACCUUCGGUGAUAGCCACAACUAGGGGGAUCUCGGCUUCGAUUGCAUCCAUAAUAGCAGCGGCACAGAACGGGGGGGGAACGUAAAUGACAGAUGCGUCUGGUUGUACGGCGUCCUUUGCUUCCAUGACGGUGUUGAAAACGGGAAGGCCGAGAUGCUCUUGCCCGCCCUUCUUUGGCGUUACUCCACCCACCAUGUUCGUCCCAUAUUCAAUUGCUUGCGUGGAAUGGAAUGUCCCCUGAAAUGUAGUAGAACAAGACACGGAAACGAUACCGGGCGAUUUUUAGCGUAGAAACCAAAGAAAUGAAAAGUAAUGAG